AUGUUGAUCUCAACCGAGGAAAUCCUACAUCCGGCUGCGUUGUCGGACUCAACCUCUACAAGUUGGUCUACGCUGGAGCAACCAUCCGCCUCAUGCUCGUCCACAAACCUUUCGGGCAGCCAAAUCCUCACUAUCUCCUAUGGCGACUUUGCACACACACUCUCAGUCACCACAGCGUCCUUUCCUGCUGCGCUCCAACUCCGCGAUGACUUUCUCCAUGAUCUCAAGAUCGCCGGUGGGGCCGUUCCUGUGUCCUCCUUAGUGGAGCUCUGGGCCCGCUUUAUCGGCUUUACCGUUUACCGUCUGGAACGGUCGCCUGGCGGAUUGGCAGACGACAUUCGACACCUAUUGACAAUCGCCUUGGACACCUUCGACCGCGACAUUCUUCAGCAGCGCGAGAUUCAUGGCGUCGUUCACGCUCUUGAAAUCAAGGCUGACGUCCAGUCGGUCAUUCUAGCCGCCUACGUGCGGGCCCGCCAUGCGCUUCGCCGGGUCAGUCGACCAGCCGCGCCCUCAGCGCUCCUGACCGCCGCACAGGAGCGCAAAGCACGUCUCUAUGCUGUAUUUGGAGGCCAGGGCAACGAUGAACGGUACUUUGAAGAGCUGCGUACGCUUUGGCAGACCUAUCGCCCGCUGGUCGAGGACUUUAUCCUGUCAGCGUCAAGCAUGCUGCAGCGUGAGGCCCUUGAGGAUGGUGUCAGUCGCUUCUACCACAACGGCAUGGACAUUGUCACCUGGCUUGAGCAUCCAGAUCGCGAGCCAUCGUUCAAUUACCUGAUCGGGGCGCCUAUCAGCAUGCCACUGAUCGGCCUGUUGCAGCUGGCCUGGUAUCGUGUUGUCGGCCGCAUCGUGGGCGCCACACCCGCUCAGCUUCAGACAGCGUUCGCCGGCACCACAGGACAUUCUCAGGGCAUCAUCCCCGCCACCGUGAUUGCUGUUGCGCAAUCUUGGACACAAUUUGACGCGUUAGCGCUUGACAUGCUCCGGCUACUGCUAGCCAUCGGUACCGGAAGUCAGGACCAUUUCGCCGUGGCCCAGCUACCGCCGGCCGUCGUUGCCGAUGCGGAAGCCCAUAGUGAGGGCUUUCCGGGGCCCAUGCUGAGUGUGGCAGACUGUCCAAUUCCCCAGCUGCGCACCUAUGUGGCCAAAGUUAACGAGUAUCUCCCUGCGGAUGCCCGCAUCGAAGUGACUCUCAUCAAUGGGCCCAACCACGCAGUCCUGGCCGGACCGCCACUGUCGCUGCACGGCUUCAACGUCUGGCUGCGCGGUGUGAAGGCCCCUGCUAAAGGGGUGCAACAUCGAAUUCCCUUCAGUCAACGACAGCCAGAGAUUCAAACCAGGUUCUUGCCCAUUACCACCGCCUUCCACAGCAGCUACUUGACUGACGUCGCCUCUGGUGUACUAAAGCGUGUGGGCGCUCUCACUAUUACGGGCGAUCAGCUCCGUAUCCCAGUCUUCUGCACACGAACCGGUGCUGAUCUGCGCAAGUACGCGGGCAGCAAUCUGUUCCCAGGGGCUACCCACAUCCUCGCAUUUGGUCCCGAUGGCGCAUCUGGCAUCGGAGCGUUGACCAAUAGACUCAAGGAGGGCACCGGCGUGCGUACCAUCCUCGCCACUGGCAGCUACAGCGCCAGAGCCGAGCUGGGUGAUCGAAGCGAGUUCUUUGAUUGGAACCCGGCGCCUCGGGGCCUCAUAUACGGCACUAUUUGGCGUGAUCGGUAUCGACCGCGGUUAGUGCAAAUUACCGGCGGUGACAUCCUGGUAGAUACCAAGUUUAGUCGCCUGCUAGGCUUACCCCCGGUGAUGGUGGGCGCCAUGACGCCAACCACUGCCUCCUGGGACUUCUGUGCUGCCAUUAUGCGUGCAGGCUAUCAUGUCGAGCUGGCCCUGGGCGGCUUCCACCAAGCCACCCAGCUAGAGGCAGCCAUCUAUGAGCUGCUUGACGCGAUACCGGCUGGUCGGUGGCAGAUCCCGCUGCUGGCUAAAUUGCGUGCGGCCGGCGUUCCCCUCGAGGGACUCACCAUCGGCGCCGGCGUUCCUUCUCUUGAUGUGGCUACCCGAUGUAUCAAUGAACUUGGUCUACGGCACAUGGGCUUCAAACCCGGCGCCUUGCCCGCUAUCCACCAGGUGCUCGACAUUGCCCGCGCCCACCCGACCUUCCCUAUUAUCCUGCAAUGGACAGGCGGACGAGGCGGCGGUCACCACUCUUUCGAGGACUUUCAUCAACCGAUCCUGCAGGCCUACGACGCCAUUCGUCGGUGCGAGAACGUGAUUCUCGUGGCAGGUAGUGGCUUUGGCGGAGCCGAUGACACCUUCCCAUAUAUAACGGGUGACUGGGCCCGCCAUUACAACCGGCCACUUAUGCCCUUUGAUGGUAUCCUUCUCGGUAGUCGUCUGAUGACCGCCAAGGAAGCGCACACUAGCCCCGCUGCUAAACAAGCCAUAGUGGAUGCACCGGGCCUCGAUAACGAAGCUGAUUGGGAGCAGACUUACUCAAAGCCCGCCGGCGGCAUUAUGACUGUGAUCUCAGAGAUGGGCGAACCUAUCCACAAGGUGGCUACGCGCGGCGUACGGCUGUGGGCUGAGUUUGACCGCACUAUCUUCCAGCUCGACCGUACAAAGCGCGUCGCGUACCUACAGAAAAACCGCGACUACAUGAUCCAGCGGCUGAAUGCCGACUCGGUUAAGGUCUGGUUCGGCCAGGAUGCCCAGGGCGCCGUUGUGGACCUGGAGGAAAUGACAUACACCGAGGUUCUGCGGCGCUUCGUUGCGCUUACGUAUGUAGCGAGUGAAGGCCGCUGGAUCGAUGAGUCCUAUCGCCAGUUUCUGUACGAUUUUCUGCUGCGCGUUGAGGCCCGCAUCAGCGACGAGGCCGCGAGAGGUGCAAGUAGUGAUAUUAGUCGUGAUGACCUCGCCAACCCAGAGGAAGCGCUAGACGCUAUCUUGGAGCGACUGCCACCCGCCCGGGACCAGCUUAUCGGUACCCAGGACGCGGAAUACUUCCUGCACCUGUGCCAGCGGCGAGGCUCGAAGCCUGUGCCGUUCGUACCCGUCCUUGACGAGAACUUCGAGACCUACUUCAAGAAAGACUCGCUCUGGCAGUCGGAAGACCUCGCCGCUGUGGUUGACAGUGAUGUCGGUCGGGUGUGUAUUCUACACGGCCCGGUGGCAGCGCGCUACUCGACCGAGGUGGACCAGCCAGCUCGCGAGAUUCUCGAUGGCAUUCACCAGGCGCAUAUAAACUAUCUGCAGCAGCGAGACCAGGCUUACCAGCAGGAUGGCAUUCCAAUUGUCGAUUGUUUCAGCCCAGAGCCUGCCCUAGAAACCUGGCGGCUGGAGGGGCUAGGCAUUCAUUGCGUUCCCGUUGGCAAUACGGGUGCGGUACUGUAUGAAAUGAAGCCUUCGACUGGCUCGCCCGGCGCUUCAAUCACUCCAUCUCUAACAGAGUGGCUGGCAGCCUUAGGCGGUGCGAAUGGGGGCUGGCGCCAGGCCUUUUUCCACACGGAGACGAUCGUACAAGGCCGGGCAAUUUGCGAAAACCCGCUGCGGCGGCUGUUCCAGCCCACGCGCGAGUCUUAUGUGAUGGUGCAACAGGGUCACGCGGGUCCCAAGGCAGAUCCAAUAAUCACGCUGUUCGAACAUCGGCCGCACUCCGAACCGGUAAAGGUGGUUGAGAUACGGGUGGAUGAGCCCGGCAUCAUCACGCUGGAAAUCACAAAUUACCGCAAUGCUGGCGGCGCAGCCUGCGGGCUGCAGUUGAAAUUCCAGUUCCGGCGCGAGGCCGUCUACGCUCCUAUACACGAAAUCAUGGAGGGCCGUAACGAGCGUGUCAAAAACUUCUAUUACCGGGUUUGGUUCGCGGGCGAAACCCCCGAGACAUGGCCCUCGGUACACGACACCUUCUACGAAUCGCAGUUCGAGGUAACAGCUGACUCGAUUGCUGAGUUCGCCCAUUGUGUACAGAAUGCCAGUGACGCCGCUAGCAAGCGGCGCGGCAAGCAGUUGUCGGCACCGCUAGAUUUCGGCGUCGUCAUUGGCUGGGAGGCGUUGAUGAAGCCGCUCUUCUCGUGGGAGCUCGACGUUGAUCUGUUGACGUUGGUGCAUCUCACCAACGGAUUCCGCAUCCCAGCUGAUGCCGAGCCUAUCCAGGCCGGCUACACGCUCGAGACCAAGUCGCGUAUCAAAGCCAUCACCAUUGAGGAGGCUGGUAAGAUGGUCGAGGUGCACGCGGACGUCUACCAUCAGAACAAGGUCGUGCUGGAGCUGAGCAGUCAGUUCCUCUACCGGGGCCUGCACACUGACUGGGAGAACAUGUUCCGCAAAGUUGAUGAAGAGGAGAUGGAGCUUUGCCCACGUACUCCAAUUGAGAUGGCUUUGUUGCAGUCGAAAUCAUGGUUCCAGCCCCUAGACCGAUCCCUUGACCUGCACAACCAGACCUUGGUUUUCGUGCUGCAUUCAACUUACCACUAUGCAAGCAAGGACACCUUCAAGACAGUCACUACCUUGGGCGAAGUUCGCGUGAACUCGUCGCUUCCUGGAGGCUCCCGGCUGAUUGCGACGGUAGAAUACCGCGCAGUAAUGUGCCGUGGCAAUCCUGUCAUGGACUAUCUGAAGCGCCAUGGUAGUCCUGCGCACAAGCGCGCCUUGUUCGACCAGCCCAGUCCAUUGACUAACGGAGGGGCUUCUCUGAUUCUCACCAUGCCCCAGUCGAAUGAGGCCUACGCUCACGUUUCCUGGGACUUCAACCCUAUCCACGUGUCAGCGUCACUGUCGCGGUAUGCCGAUCUACCUGGCUUGAUCACGCAUGGCAUGUACACCUCCGCGCGGGUGCGCGGUCUUGUUGAACACUACACCUGCGCCUCGGCCAUUGGCGCUUUCCGCAGCUUCCACUGUUCCUUCACCAGCAUGGUGCUCCCCGGAGACGAGAUUGAGGUCAUCUUCCAGCACAUCGGCAUGCUAGCGGGGCGCAAGAUCGUCUCGGUCGAGGCCAAGCACGUUGCUCGCGGCGAGACUGUCCUUCGGGGUGAGGCUGAAAUCGAACCCGAAGAGACGGCAUUCCUCUUCACUGGUCAAGGCAGCCAACGGGAGGGCAUGGGCAUGCAGCUCUACGCGCGAAGCAAGGCGGCUCAGCAGGUUUGGGACUAUGCCGACGCCUACUUUUCCGACAACUACGGCUUCCGCAUCACCGAAAUCGUGCGUAACGACCCCAAGGAGCUUACAGUCUACUUUGGUGGGCCCCAAGGUCGACAUAUCCGCGACAAAUAUCGUAGCAUGACUCGUGAGAGUAUCGCGGAGGAUGGUAGCGUCCAGCUGCUGCCGCUCUUUCCCCAGAUCGACGAGGAGACCGAGUUCUACACCUAUUACUCCUCUCAGGGUUUGCUCUCGGCCACACAAUUCACGCAGCCGGCCCUGACGCUCAUGGAACUGGCCAUAUUCGCUGAUCUGCAGUGGCGUGGGCUAAUUUCGGAGCGCAGCUCGUAUGCUGGCCACUCGCUGGGUGAGUAUGCCGCGCUCGGAGCAGUAGGCAAGAUCUUCAGUGUGGAGUCCCUCGUUCAGGUAGUUUUCUAUCGCGGCCUCUUAAUGCAGUAUUCUGUUCCCCGCGAUGACCGGGGGAACUCAGACUAUCGCAUGUGCGCGGUGGACCCCGGCCGCGUAACGUCCGGUUUCGGGCAUGAGGCUCUCCAGCUCGUGGUACAGACCAUCGCUACGCAGACCGGCUCCCUACUGGAGAUCGUCAAUUUCAAUGUCUUGAACUCUCAGUAUGUCUGCGCCGGACAAAUACAUGCGCUCCACUGUCUCACCGCGGUGCUCAACCACCUUCAUGCCAAUGGAUCGUUGCCAGACUCGCCGGGGCAGAUCGCUGCCCUGAUAGAGAGACAAAUCUCACAAGUCGCGCAGACGAAGCCACCCGCGGAAUUAAUCCGCGGCUGCGCUACGAUUCCCUUGCGCGGCAUCGACGUGCCUUUCCAUUCUUCGUCGCUGCUGCCCGGCGUGGCAGGGUUUAGACGCUGUCUGCUAGACCUCAUCGACAGCCAUGCGUUAGAUCUCAAAUGUUUCGUGGGCCGGUAUAUCCCGAAUCUGACGGCCCGACCGUUUGAGUUGAGCAAGGAAUAUUUCGAGCUUGUCUACAAGUUGACGGGUUCGGUGGCGCUCGAGAGCGUUCUGCGCGAGUGGGAAACAUACCUCGAUCCAACUGGUCCCGAUGGCCUGCAGAAGAUCGAGGGCAUUAUUCAAGCAAUGAAAGCCCGGAUUCUUCUCGUCCUCGUGAAGCAUCUGGUCUGGAACGGCAACCAUGCUCUCACAACGCCAUUACGCCGCUCUCCCCCCCGCGCUACGCUGGCGCCCGAAAGUCCCUAUAGUCGUCGCAACCGGCGGAGACCUAUCAUCGCCGCGCUGGGAGGUGUUAUGUGUCUUUUCCGUCGCGAGAUCAAGCUCUAUCAGCGCUACGAACUCGUGUCGCGCGUCCUGACCUGGGAUGAGAAGUGGUUGUAUAUUGUCAGCUAUUUUUUGAAGCCUAGUCGUCAGCCAGUAACGGAAAUCACGGAAGACCGCAUCCUAGCGUCGGCUGUUUCCAAGUAUGUCCUCAAGCAGGGACGACAGACGGUACAGCCGACGGAAGCCUUGCGGAAUCUGGGUCUUUUGGCGGGUGACGCUGAUACCCAGGCUGCAGCCGACAAUGCUGCUGCUGCUGCGCCCCAGCUCCUCCCUUUGCCACGCCAGGAUGUGGUCGAUGGCUCAGCUUACCUUGGGGGCGAACCUGACUCAUGGACUUGGGCCGAUGUCGAAGUGGAGCGACAGCGUGGCCUAGCGAUAGCAAAACAUAUGACGGGCUUGGAUGCUUCGCAGAAAUUGGGGGCCACGGCGGCCGUGUUGGGUUGA